CCGGAAGCAUCUCAAUUGGGAUUUGAAUUUUAUUACUCUGAGACAUUCGCCAUAUUUCGCUUAAAACGGUACAGAAAAUGUUAAGAAGCGGGAAGUUCUGUACAGAGAUAUUAGAAUAUUUUCAGUAUUCUGGUGUUUUUCUGCGACCUAAUCUUCGAGCUCAGCCUCAGUAUUUCAUUCGAUUGUAUGAUAGUGGAACAGAUGAUGGGAAAGAUGGGACAAUGAAAAUAGUUCGACCAUAUCUUAAUAUACGCACUUAUACUACUAAUUCGAAAGGAGCAAAAGGUGGAUCAUGCAAGUCACCUGAAACAACAAAGGCAAUGGAAGAACAUGUAAAAUGCAAAGACACUGAUACUUCUAAACAAACACAAAGAGAAUGUACUCAGAGCAAGGUCACUGGCCCUCCAAAAGAACCAUCAGAGAAAGAAUGUAAGCCAGUAAUGCCCAUCACACCACAGAAGGCUGAUAUUAAGCCAGCUGCAGAAUACAAAUCUCAGAGUCCAGUUGGCCAGCCACCUGUGAGCAAAUUAAUUCCAUCAGAGCAAGAAAGUAGCAAGCCCCAUAAGAUGAAAAAUGUCAUCCAACAAGACAGCCCUGGUGACACAAGUGGAAAGCAGAAAAAGUAUGGUAGGCAACUUAUUGGAGGGCUUCUUCUUCUAGCUAGUGCCUUUGCUGCAUAUUUCACAGUAUUUACAAAAGAAGAUGCAGAAGGAAAACGAGUUAAGUUUGGGGGGAAGAAUGUUCCAAAGUCAAAGAAACCUAGAAAGAUAAUCAAAUUCCCAGCAGAAUCAAAGGACAUUCCAAAUACUGUUCCAUAUUUAUUAAUUGGAGGUGGCACUGCUUCUUUUGCUGCUUUUCGGGCCAUCAAAACUGCUGAUCCAACAGCAAAGGUGCUUGUUAUUGAUAAUGAAGGUUAUUAUCCAUACAUGAGGCCUCCACUUUCUAAAGAGAUGUGGUUCAAUGAUGAUGUUGAAGCUACUAAGAAACUGCGGUUUAAACAAUGGAAUGGAUCAGAAAGGAGUUUAUUUUAUGAGCCUGAAGAUUUCUAUGUUGACUGUACGGAAUUGGCAACUCGCCCGAACGGUGGAGUAGCAAUUGCUCGUGGGUGGACUGUUAAAAAGCUUAACGCACUUGAAAGGAAAGCUAUACUGGAGGAUGGCUAUGAGAUCAGUUAUAAGAAGUGCCUUAUUGCAACAGGUUCAACUGCUCUGAACCUGCCAUUAUUUGAAGAUUCAUCACAGGACGUUAAGGAAAAAGUUACAUUGUUCAGAGGAAUUUUUGAUUUUGAAGAAUUAGAAGAUGUAAUUGAAAGUGGAUCUAAAUCAGUUGCAGUUAUUGGUGGUGGAUUUCUUGGUAGUGAAUUAGCUUGCUCGAUAGCACGGCAAUUUUAUAAGACUGGUCUUACAGUACACCAGAUAUUCCCAGAAUCAGGUAACAUGGGUAAAGUGUUGCCUGAAUAUUUGAGUUUGUGGACUGCUAACAAGUUGAAAGAAGAAGGUGUAAAUGUUAUAACAAAUGCUGAAGUUGAGGAUGUUAAAAACAUAAAGGAUCAACUGGUCCUCUCACUUAAUAAUGGAAGCAAGAUUAAGGCUGAUCAUGUAAUUGUGGCAGUUGGGGCCUAUCCUAACACAGACCUGGCUAGAUCAUCAGAUUUGGAACUGGAUGAGGAGCAUGGUGGUUUCCUGGUCAAUGCAGAACUAAUGGCUCGAACUGAUAUUUGGAGCGCAGGGGACUGUACAUGCUUCUAUGAUGUGAAACUUGGGCGUCGUCGAGUCGAACAUCAUGACCAUGCUGUGGUUUCUGGUCGUCUUGCAGGAGAAAAUAUGACUGGAGCAGGAAAACCAUAUUUGCAUCAAUCAAUGUUCUGGUCAGAUCUGAGUCCUGAUGUUGGUUAUGAAGCCAUCGGUAUUGUUGAUUCUGCACUGUCUACCGUCGGGGUGUUUGCCAAGGGUACGGACAGUGAUGUACCUAAAACUGUCACAGAUGAGAGUAACGAAGCAAAGACAGAGGCAGAACCGCAGCCAGAAUCUCCAGCUUCAGGCGUUCUAGAACUUCCGAAACAUGGUAACAAUUACGGCAAGGGGGUCAUCUUCUAUCUGCGUGAUGACAUCAUUGUAGGAAUUGUCAUGUGGAACUUAUUCAAUCGUAUGUCAGUGGCUAGACAGAUAUUGAAAGAAGAGAAGAAAUAUAGUGACUUGAAUGAAGUAGCAAAACUCUUCAACAUUCACGACGAAUAACGCGUCUGCUUUCAAGUGAAUGCGCGCGCGCACAGAGUACUACUAUUGCAAGAAUGCCAUUUUUUAUUUUGUUUAAAAUGUUAUUUUGUAACAUUGCAAUAUAAAUUUCUGUAAGGUUCAGUAUUUUGUCUUUAUGACUGCGUACUGUAUCAGAAUAAAUAACUGAUUUGGUUGCAUUUAAUGAAAUUCUCGUACAUUGUAUUUUAAUGCGUGUGUGGAAAAACUGUUGAACAGUAUAAUAAAAAAAUUUGGAUUUCAAA